AUGACUACUACCAGGAUAAAAGAGCGUAAAAUUACAGAAAAGACACAUCAACUUGACGAGUCUGGAAUUAAAGAAAAAUAUGGCGCUAUUGGAAAUUACGAAAAUGGGGGACACACCAUACACUGCAAUGGGACUGAGAACAAGCAAGAGGUUUAUUUUGUUUUACAGAAGACAGUCCAUACUAUGAAAAGUUUGAUUGACAGUGAUGGGAAAUGGAAAUGGAUAUCAUUAAUAUUUGCUGUUUCAUCAUUAUUUUUCCUGCUUAUGAAUAUUAGUCUACUAGUUAUAGUACUGAAAGGUUCACAUAAAUCAGCAUCAGAUUCAUCUAGUAUUAUUGCUGAUAUAGAAAUUAGAAAUUUAGACGACAAAGAUGAUGUCUUCUCUCAAUUAACCUUCGAGGAGAUUGAUUUAGUACUUAAAUAUUUAUAUUCAAUUGAAAGCUUACGCUUAACAUUGCCAAAUGAAACAAAAAUUGAAAGUAGUUUUAUACAUACAAUAGAACUACUGUCACCGCCGAAAAAGGAAGUCAUGGAGUAUCUACAAAAUAACGGCACUAAGCCUAACCGUAGAGCUAAAAUUUAUAUCUUCAGGGGAGAUAUCAAUCCACCAAUGAUUGAGGAAUACGUUGUUGGUGACUUACCAAAUAUUUCAUAUGGCCGUAUUGCUAAUGUUUCAUCAAGACAUACAAGAAUUCCACACAUUUAUAGACCAUUUUCAACUUAUGAAUUCAUGGGUAUUUAUAAACACGUGAUAGCUCGAAUAGGGAAGGAUGCCAGACAUGUUCUAUUAGAAAGUUAUAAUGCUACUACAACAAAUUGCGGAAACCAAUGUUUAAGAUUCUCCAUGACACCUAUUUCCAGUGGAUAUCUUCAAGAGGGGAAAAGAAAAGCCUGGUUUUGGUUUGCCUAUGAUGUAGAAUUUUUUACUUUGCAUCCCGUUGAUUUCCAGUUCUUAGUCGAUAUGACGAGCAGUCAGUCAUCAGACUGGUCCAUUGAACAAAUUUGGUAUGCGAAUACAUUGUUUCCAUCUUUAGAAAAUUUCCUCGAUGAAUACAAAUGCGGAAGUAUAAACAAAACACGACUAGAAUUUCCAGAGGAGGCAACAAACUUGUAUAGUAGUUUGAAUACAAGGCAACCUCCAUUGUCACCUUUAAAGAGAAGAGCUCCUAUUCAGAUUGAACCCGACGGUCGUCGUUUUUCCACUGCGGGAAAUACUGUAGCCUACAUGGGCUGGAAAAUUCGACAUAGAAUGUCACCUACUAAUGGUUUUCAAUUAUUUGACAUUUCUUUUGAUAAUGAAAUGGUUGUUUACGAAAUGAGUCUGCAAGAAGUUAUUGUAAUAUAUUCUGGUUAUACACCGUCGGCAAGAAUGCUCCAUUAUGCAGAUGGCGCCGGACUUUUUGGAACACGCCAUCGCGGCUUACUUCCUGGAACUGACUGCCCUGAUAAUGCCAAAUUUUUUGACGUGCAUCUAUACUCAUCAAAUGAAAAUGGUAAAAGAACAUACGAAAAUUCUGUAUGUAUUUUCGAACAUAACAACAACUCGCCACUACGAAGACAUCGUGCCUAUGGUAGGUCCGGAGCAUUCUAUGCAGGCCUUUUAGACUCGGUGCUGGUUAUCCGCACAAUAAUGUCGGUAAUCAACUACGAUUAUGUGAUUGACUACAUUUUCCAUCAAAAUGGAAUUGUUGAAACCAAAGUUUCAUUAACUGGAUACCUAAGUUCAUCUUUCUACUUUACAGAAGAAGAACAUUACGGGGGUCAUCUUCAAAAACACGUACAAGCUGGCUUGCAUAAUCACCUAUUUAAUUUCAAAGUAGAUUUAGACGUUAAAGGGACAGCUAAUAGAUUUGAAACAUUAGAUAUUAAACCAGAGUUUAAGCAAGAUCCAUGGAACAGUAAAGAACAUCACCAAUCAAAAUACGAAAAACACACAAGAUACAAUGAACAAGAUGCUCAGUACACGUAUAACUUCGAAACCCCUAAAUAUCUCUUGAUUUCUAAUCAUAACGAAUCAACAGCAGAAGGCCUAUCGAGAUCAUAUAGAAUUAAAUUCAGCGGAAUUUCAAAAAUGCAACUACCGGAAGACUACGGGUUUGCCAAAUCUAUUUCAUGGUCUAGACACCAAGUGACAGUUACGAAGAGGAAAGACGAAGAGGACGCUAGCAGUUCAAUAUUUGCAAUGUGGGAUGCCAAUGAUCCAGUGGUCAACUUCAAAAACUAUUCGCAGGAUAACGAAAAUAUCAUUGACGAGGAUCUUGUUGCUUGGAUAACACUAGGCACUCAGCACAUACCACACAAAGAGAACAUGCCGAACACCUUGACUGCAGGGUCGCAGCUUUCAUUUUUUCUUAUUCCUUACAAUUACUUUGACGAGGAUCCAUCCAUGAGGUCUCCUGAUUCUGUGCGAAUCGUCCCAAAAGAUCCGAAACGGCCUACAGAGGGAGCAAUUGUCGAAAGGGGAAGUGGUUAUGAAAGGACAGUGUGUAUUCCGACUAAGAGUAAAAUUGAUGAGUUUCUGGCAACAAAUAGUACUUUUAUCUUUACUUAAUUGUCAGUCAAAUAUAUUAGAAUAUUAAAUUUGGUUGUAGUGUGAUACGUUUUACACUAAUUAUAGAGAAAUGACGUGACAUAGAUCGGAUAGAGUUAUCAUGAAUUCUUCAAUCAUGCAACGGUCAAAGUUCCAGUCAUGAGUUCUGAAAUUGUUCAGGGAAUAGUGAAAUAGAAGCGAGUAUUUUGAAUAUACAUUUAAUAAAAUUACAAUGACAAAAUAAAAUGUAAAGAACGAUGCAUUCCAUUUAAUCGGAAAUUUGUUGUUGUUAUUAUGUUUUGAACUACUUGUUUCUUCAAAAAGCAGCUUAUUGUUACUUGUAAAAUAUUGUAAAUAGUAGUCUAGACAUUUGUAAAUAUAUUUAUUUAUUAGACAACUGGCAUUGCACAUGCGAAUUUCUAUGAUCAUUAAUGUAUAAACGACUUGAUAUGUAGCCAGUUAACAGAAUAGAAAAUGUUAAAAACACCAGUUACAUAGAAAUAUUUUCAAAUAAUGAUAUAUUCUACACAUGUUGUUGCCUUUAAGUGAAGAUUUAAAGUCAUAUGAAACUAUAAACAAAUUAAAAAACAAAUGAUACAUAUAUUUUUUUUUAUUACUUAAUGGCUAGUUUUUAUUAUAAAACUUAUGUACAUAUACUUUUUUUCUCAAUAAAAUUUUAUAAUUUAAAUUAUUUGCUUCCAGUAAACAAUUCGCCGAUGUAUUUUCCGUAUGCAGUGAACUCGGCUUGAUCUUUCUCGUAUAAAUCCGGUGAUGCCAAUACGUAGGAAUCUGUCAUUGAAAUAAACUAUUAUCUUAUUGCACAUUUUAUACACGUACGUUCUCAAUAGCCAUGCUUCGUUGUUGAUUGUUUACUAUAAGGUGAAAAUCGGUAAUCUACGGCUGCAAAACACGACAAAUAAUAAGCUCAUACUUACACAUCAUAACAGACCGAGAAAUUAAUUGACUAUUAUACGAUAUGAACGUGUAAAAAAUGAUAAAAUCAUGCAUAGCAGACUAAGUUUAUACAUGCAUUGGUUCAAAAAUUGGAUAAACAUUAUUUUCCACCAGUUACUCGUUUCAUAUGACUUUAAUGUAUAUUGUAAAUUAUAGUUUCGUUAACCUGAAUAUUAGGCAACCUUCUAUCUCAAAGUGUAAACACUAUGUUUUCUGUAUUACCUGUUGAAACUUGAAGUUAUCUAAAUCCAAAAUUUGGAAUCUUAUAUUGUUAUUGUCAGGUCAGAAAAGAUACUUUAAGGGCACGUUUACCAUUCAUUAUAUCUUUGUUUCCAUUGUUUUAUAUUUUAAAUAAUAUAAUGUAUAAAAGUAAUAAUAUUCCAUUUUUAAUCUGUGUACAAGUAUAUUGUUUAUAUGAUUAACAUUAUAGAUUUAGGCAAACUUUAUUUAUAUGUGAUAUGUUUAAAAUGGUUGUGAUUAAUGUAAUACCACUUUAGGAAUAUUUUUCCUUUUCUACUCAACUUGACCGAUUCUUACUUCUUACGAAGUCUAUUAUUUGUUUUUGAUUUCUUUAUUUAUCAUAUAGAAUAAUUUUGCGAGUCUCAUUUCAUACUCCCACGUGCACAGUUCUCGUGGUAGUCCUCGCAUUAAAGCGUGAGGUCGUGGGUUCUAUCCUCUCUGUUUUCGUAGGUUCUUUCACCGGUUGGGUCAAUUCAAAAACUUUCGAUACGGCAUUUGCUGCUUUUCCACCAAGAACGCAGAUUUUAAAAUUUAAAGCAGGACAGGUUAGCUUUGCGUCAGAAUUAUGUACCAUUACCAUUUGAGUAGCCCGUUUAAAUUCUAAAACAUUUAGCCUUCAGUGAAUCAAUAUUUUAUACUUCCAGCUCUUGAUCAAAUUUAUCCGUCAGAUAUAAACUUGAACAAUAUCUAAGUCAAUGAAACUGUGUUAGUGAUGUACUGUAUCAAAGAUAAGUUUGGUAUGAUUGUCUCCAAACUAACACAAAAAAGUACUGUAAUCAUAAUAUUAUUGUACCUCGGAGAAAAUUCCAUUAAAUAGUCAAAGCCAUAGGUAUAAAUGUAUGUUAAACAGUUUUGAUGAUAUAUUUAUAAGUGUAUAUGUACUUACUAGAUGUAUUUUAUAUUAGAUAACCACAUAUCUGAUCAGAUAUUUAUUUUAAAUCAGUGUACUUUGGAUGAUCAUUUUUUAUUCAAGUUGAUAAAGUACAUAAAUUAUACAUUUGUAUAUACAUGUGACUUGUAGUUUAUAA